AUGGCGCUGUCCGUCCUGCUGGAGCAGUGGGGUGAAGCUGCGGACCUCCCCAGCGUGGCAGGCCGGUUGCGUCGCGUGCCCGCGGACGCCCUGACGCUCAGUCGCGACUUGUGGAUGCGUCUCAUACGAGAAGGGGCCCGUCUGCUGGAAACCCGCUACAGGGAUAUCUCCUUCCCGCCCCUGGCACCCGCAAGGGCGGACGAGCUCAGACUCGCACUCGUGAAAAGCCUGCAGCUGGCUCAUGGCUGCCUGCGGCUGCGGGUGGGAAUGGACAACCCUGGCCCCACUGGGUGCAUGGACCGGCACGGCCGGAGAGCGCUGUGGCGACGCCUCCUAGAGCACCCUACGUCGGUCCAGCGCGCCAUGAAUCAGCUGGGCAUCCCGAUCGCGGGGCUUCCUGGUGCCCGCCUGCCAGAAUCUUUCACACUUCCCGCCUCCUCGGGAUUGGGCAUCUACGCGGUCGGUGGUAUUUCGUGCGCCAGUGUGGCGGUCGUGUGGUCCUUGGAGUUCCAGGCGCACUUCGAUUUCGUGAUGGGGGUUGGGUCUGCACGUCGCGUGUGGGUGCAGCUACGUUUGGCUGAGGGGCUGCUUUUCUUGCUGUACUUCUAUCUCCCGCCUGACCCACGUUCAGGUGAUGAUGGGGCGUGGGGUUCCGAGGUGGACAGCAUUCGGCGGGAGGUAAACAGCCUGCGCGCGCAGCACUCCGAUGCGGUGUUCGUGACGAUGGGGGACGCCAAUGUGCAGCCCGUCUCUCUUUGCGGCGGUCGCGACAUCUCCUCAGGUCGGGAUGUGCGGUGGGCGGAGCUCUUGGUGGAGACGGGCCUCGUGGUGUGCAACCCAUCCUUGCUCGACUCCAUCCCUCGCGAUGUUCUUUUGCCUCGUCAGCGUCGCGUAGUGAAGUUCCGUCCAGGUGACACGCACCAUGGUGCUUGGCAGAGUCGGGCCAUCGAUCUUGUCCUGGCAUCUCCGGGGCUUUCGGCCAGCGUUGUCGUGCACAACAGUCUGGACUGCAGUCCAUGCCGGUGGCCUGAUUGCGUUGACUUUUGCCUGGGCGACCACUUCCUGCUGGAGGCGGACCUCGGGUGCAUCUGUCCGCAGCCCAUGGGCCCUGCAGCUCUACGCAUGCCUCCGGCAUGGUUGGAUGGAGAAGGUUGGAGGGCAGGCAUCACAGCGGUGUCUACCCCGCUCGCGCGGCUGGGGGAACUUGCGAAGCACUUUGCCUCCUGCUGGGGUUCUGCAAGUUCGUCUCGGCCAUCAGCCUUCGUGUCCCAAUGGGUUGGGGACUGCUUCGCGGUCCUGCUGGGAGUUCUGGAGGGCCUGGCUAGAGACGGGUGGGUUCUACCACGGUGCGAGGCGCGCGCUGCCCACAAUCGCCUCGCUGCCGUGGGCCCCUUGGCUGCCGUUCCCACCGGGACCCUGGCUGGUGGUCUCGCCCACUGUCUCCGCCGCCUGGAGCUCCCAAAGCCUCGGCCCCCUGCGUGCUUGGUCGUAGACUCCGUGGUUUUAUCCCGCGCUGAAUCACACGAGGCCUGGCGCCGGCAGCUCGUCCAGCAAAGCGUCCCUAGCCAGCCCUGUCCUCCGGAUGCCACCGCCCAGGUGAGCGAUUAUUGCAGGCGUCUGCUGCGUGACGCUCGAGCCUCAAUUGGCCGUGGGUGGGCCGACGCGCCCAUCGUGCAGCAGGAAGUGUUCCGCGUCGUGGACAACUGGGAUUCCUCCUCGGCCACCACGCCUGACCUGCUACCGCGUGUGGUUUUUCAGCUCCACCUCCAAGUGUGGGACGACACUGCGUGGGCGCUGCAGCUUCUUAUGGGGCCAGGGGUGCUGGCCCUUCGGCCGCGCCUGCGGCGUGCGCGGGUGCUGGGGACGGCGUACAAACGGGGUCCCUGGAUUGCCUCGUCUAGCUUCCGGCUGCUGUGCAUCGUGUGCCAGCAUGGGCUCCUCCAGGAGGGGCUCCUCUUCGAGCGGCUCCGCGUGCCGCUCUGGCGGUCCUUGCUAGACGGCCAGAGUGGUCACGUGCGUGACUGUGGAGAUGCUCAUCUUGUUCUUCAUGAGGUGGUGGCGUCGCGGAGUGCUACUGGGCUGCCCACCUGGUUAGUGCAUGGUGACUUUGUGCAUGCCUUCCCACGCACGUGGCGCAGCCUGCUGUUAUGCCUGCUGCACGAUGCUGGGGGGGUCCAGGCAGGCUCGCUGGCGCUUCUUGGCUCGAUCCUCGAGUGGGAUCAAGUGGUCGUCACCCUGAGCGGCCUAAGCACGGUGGAUGUACACGAAGGGAUGCCCGAGGGCGGCGUCCUCGGGCCCCUCGGCUUCAAUUUUUUCCCAGACAGUUUAAUGCGUCCGCUGCACUCCGCGGGUUGUGGCGCGGCCACGAGCACCUGGGUCCCCGUCCCUUGGCAGCAGCACGUGUGGCUAGGUUGUGGCACUCCGCGCACUCACUUGGUGGACAUGCUCGUGCCUCUCCUGGAGUGUCCCAGCUCGCUGCCUUCCGUUGACAUGCUGCGUGCGGCACGGGCUGGUGCUCCGCUCGUGCUCCCACGCCUUGGUCACCCCCUCGGCGUGCCUCUGUCGUUUGCGCCCAAGCACAAAUGGCUGGGCCUGCUGUGGCGGCCUGACUUAGACUUCGAGCCGAUGCUGCAGAGUAGGUUGGCGCUCGCCGGGGCGGCGUGUACGUCGGUGGUUGGGCUCAUCGCACUUGGGCAGCUCCCCCUGUCCGUUGCCCUAGAGGCCUUCCACGCCAAGGUGGACAGCACGUUGUGCUUCUCGCGCUGGCUGUGGUGCAUUGCUCCUGGUGCUCUCCACGCGCUUGACGAGGCCUACGAGAGGUGGGCGAAGGCCUUCCUGGGGGGCGCGUCGUGGAGGAACUCUGGUGCGGCAGCGCUGGAGAUGGGGCUGUCCCUCGGUGGCGGCGCACAAGCCGUCCUGGAUCCGUGUCGCAGGCGGGCCCGGCCCCACCUCCUGCCGGAAAACGAUUUCUAUCGGUGCGCAUCCUUGCGCGCGGCAGGCGGUGCUCAGUGUUGGGCAGUGCGGAGCAGCGAUUUACUCCGGGUGUACGGGGUGCCCGACUGGCCGCAGUGGGCAGUUCCAGGUGCCCAGCUGAAGGAUUACACUGCCCACUGCAAGUCCGUGCUGGCCGCGCGCUGCCGCGCUGAAUGGGCCUCUGCUGCCGUGCGCCACGUGGACCCGCGGGCCGCGCUGGUGGCCGCCCUGGGCUGGCCUCUGCCGCCGGCUCCGUCACAGGAGGUUUUGUCCUCCCUGCUGCGCUUGAUGCCUGGGCAACCAGGGUAUUGCGAGUUGGUGCUGCUGGUGUCCGCGCUGGAGUCCGUGCUGGCCCGCUCUUGGCGUGGCUCCGAUUCGUGA